AUGAUCAUGCGCUCCUCAAUCCUCUCACUGAUGGCGUUGUGCUUUGCCACGGCCCUGGCACAGAUUGGCGCGAACUGUAAUGUCGUUGCAAAUCAGACAGUCAAAGCCGGAGAUACUCUAGCAGCGAUCGCCAAAACUGCCAAUGUGACGCUCGACCAAAUUCAAUUUGUCAACACUCAAAUCACCAACCCAAGAUCGAUCAACGUAGGCGACAUAAUCAAGAUCCCCAACACGAAAUGCGUUGCACCUGCAGCGAAGCCACUGGCCGAGCCCACAGCUACUUGCUCCAACGGAACGGCAAAGACAAUCACUGUCGUCUCCGGAGACACUUUGAUCAUUAUCGCUAAGGAAAAGCUAGGCAUAACGCUGCCAGCGUUGUUGGCUGCAAACGCACAGAUAAAAAAUCCGGAUGUUCUCAACGUAGGGGAUGUGAUCAACGUUCCACUUUGCAACAACGGUACUUCUACUGGUGGAGCGAAUAAUUCCAACACUGGAAGUACCACGGCGACCAAAUUUAGAACGAGUUCAAUUUCCAGUACCGGGAUGAAGCCCUCCAAAACAAUGACAUCUGCCGGAAAUGGACCUGCCGAUUUGAAUGCUGUCACGCCAACCUGCUUGACGCCAACUAAGUCAGAUGGACCUAAGGCAAUUCCUGCUGAUGGAGAUGCCACAGCGCAAGCGGCUGAGCCCACCAAGGCUCCUCGUUAA